GUUCAGCAGUUUUAUCUGAUUUCCUGGUGAACUUCCACCAAAACGGCAGCCACAAUAACAGGAAGUGAGCUGGAGCAGCUGGAAGUCUCUGAGUUUUUGCUCACGAUCUCACACACUCACACACACUCACACACUGUCGAACGACGACCCUAACAUCAACGAUUACACACUUUACUAUCCCUGGAAUUAUACAGAAAUCAACACACCUUUGAUGAUGAGACGUUCUGUUGGGCAGCGAGCGGUCAGGACUUUUCUCUGCGCAGCGUUUCUGCACUUUCUUUUCAUCGCAGCUGAACAUGUGAAAGACGCUUCCCCGUCCUCAGUCCUGCACAGACAGAAGAGAAAAUGGGAGUGGAAGGAAUUUACUGUGCCCGAGGAAUUACCACCUAAAAGUCUACCGUAUUUAAUCACCACGCUGAAGAACACUUUGUCUAAUAAGACGACAGAGUUCACUCUAAUUGGAGAUGGAGCAGGCGACACCUUCCGCGUGAACAAGAAUGGAGAAGUGCUCUUGUUGAAGAAGCUGGAUCGGGAAAAAAUCAGUAGCUACAGCCUCAAAGCACAGCUUAUAAACUCUGAGACUAAAGCGAUGCUUGAAGAAGAUGAUUUCAUCAUACAGGUCCAGGAUAUUAACGAUAACACACCCGUGUUCGCAGAGACGUACAGUGGAUCUGUUAAUGAACGAGCAGGAAGAGGAACCCCAGUGCUGAAGGUGCUCGCGACUGAUAAGGACGACCCAAACACUCCCAACGGCAUGGUCACAUACAAACUGUUAAAUGGAACCAACUUCUUCAGCAUUAACCCUGACACAGGUGAAAUUCAAACUGCAGUUGACACACUGGACCGUGAGACUCAGAGUGUGUAUAAGUUGCUGGUGCAGGCGUCAGACACACCCGGAUUUCAGGGACUAUCAGCGACCACUGUAGUCACCAUCAAUAUUAAUGACAUUAAUGACAACCACGCCUCGUUCUCAAAACGAAGCUACCACUUUGAUGUGAAUGAGGACAGGCCAAGAGGUUUCAAUAUCGGAGCUCUACAGAUUAAUGACCACGAUGAGAAACAGAAUAAAAACCCCACAUUUACUUUAGACGAUACUCAUAAAGAUAUCUUUGGUCUGGAGCUGAAUGAGAAUAAUGAUGGAGUUCUCAUACUGAAGAAGGAACUCGACUAUGAGACAAAGGCGGAGUACACGUUUACUGUAACACUGGAAGAGAAUGUUGUCCAGCCUAUGGACAAUAGGAACCCCUGGACCACUGCACAGAUCAUCGUCUACGUUAAAGAUGUAGACGAGCCGCCAGUCUUCAGCCAGGCAGAAUACACCUUUAGUGUUAAAGAAGGGCCGGGAAAUUUAAUCGUGGGAUCAGUUUCAGCCAGGGACAUGGACAAAACCAGCCACAGGAUACGGUACAGCAUACAGGAUCCAACCAGUCCAGUGACGGUUAACAGUGAGACUGGACAGCUCCUGUUGAAGACUGCACUGGAUCGAGAACAACAACAGAAAUACAUGUUCUAUGUUACAGCACAGGAAGAGUCUACCACCGCUCAGAAAUCUAAUGUGAAAGUCACAUUAAACGUCCUGGACAUCAAUGACAACGACCCAGAGCUGGCCAGUGAGAGUGAAGUGUACAUCUGUGAGAACGAUAAAAGUGGAACGGUUAUUGGUGUUAUUGGUGCCACAGACUUGGAUGAGAAUCCCGGGCUGUUUCGCUUUACUCUCAUAGGAAAGAGUUCAAACUUCUCCCUGCAUGACAAUCUGAAUAACACAGCCAGCAUCAUCCUGACUCAUGGAGGUUUCAAUAGUAAGAGCUCUGAGCAGAUCGUUCUGGAAAUCGAGAUUACAGACGGAGGAACUCCACCGAGGAAAAGCAUCAGACCUCUUCCCCUGAGAGUGUGUGUGUGUGAGAGCGAUAGACGAACCAGCUACUGCAUGGCCUACAGCAAGUCCGGCAUCACUGUGAGCGCUCUCAUCGCCAUCCUGCUGUGCAUCAUCACCAUCCUCGUGAUCGUGAUUCUCUUCGUGCUGCGUAAACGCUACCAAAAGGAGGCGCUAGUCUCUCUGGGAAAGUCUGGCAGUGAGAUUCACGAGCAGCUUGUGGCAUAUGAUGAGGAAGGUGGAGGUGAAAUGGAUACAAACAUAUACGACGUCUCCAUCCUGACCUCAGCUCGCGCAGACUCCCGGGUCGGUCCUGAUCCGCUUGUUCCUCCCAUGUACGCUGUGGUGAAUAAGCCUUCAGCCUGUAAAGGGGACAUGGCCGUGAUGAUCGACGUGAAAAAGGACGAGGCUGAUCAUGACAGGGACGGGAUUCCCUACGACACACUGCACAUUUACGGCUACGAGGGGUCCGAAUCCGUGGCCGGGUCGCUGAGCUCACUCGAGUCAUCCUCUUCCUUCGGGUCUGACGAUGAUUACAACUUUCUGAGUGACUGGGGACCGCGCUUCAGGACUCUCGCUCAAAUUUACGGCUCUGACGUGGACACUUCGUACUGAUCCCGGAUCCUGAAGACCGACAGCCACUUGAUAAGAAGUUAAAAGAUUGAUGAUUGAUUUAUUUUACAGUUUUUACACUUUUACAGCUACAACACCAUCCAGUGUUGUUACUCAUUAUUAUUAUUUUUAUUAUUAUUAUUAUUAUUGUACUUUUUUAAUUCUGUAUUUCCAUCUUUAUAACGGCACGUUUGGUGUGUUUGACUUGAUUACUUGAUGUUAUGCUAUUUUUAUUCUUAAUGUGAGUAUGUAGAAUUUUAGAGCUCCUAAUUGGAUGCUGAUCCCGGAGCAGGAAAACCCUAAAUAGUAAACCCUGAGCCGAAUAAACGAACACUUCAUCCAUCUGUAUAAAGGAGUGAUCACAGUCCGGUGGAGGGGACACUGUAAUUCAGAGUUCUGGAGCAGUUCAGCUCUGAUCUGGCAGGGCAGUUCUGGAUUAGUUGCGAGUGGUUCUGGUGUGGAUUCUGAUCAGUUCUGGAGCAGUGCUAGGGAUCUUUAAAAACAUCGACUGUCCAUGUUGUUUAUUGUCUUAGUUAUUAAAUCAGGUGUUCAGCACCUCUUUACACAUAUGUACUGUAUAUUCUCGAUAACUUAUUACUGAAAAAAUUCAAAUAAGCAUCAACUCCGAUCUUCUGACCAAUCAGAGUCCAGGAUUCUGUCUUAUAUUACAGUAUUAAAGUCUUUUACAUCAGGAGAAGAGUAUCGCUUUAACAUUUUAUACAUGUAAUAUUGUUUAAUAUUACUACAUUUUAUAUGUACAAAACACACACACACACUCACUCACACACACACACACACAGAGUGGCGUCUGCUCUGUAACAGUAAUAUUAGCUGCAGGAAACGGUCGCGGUGAAACACAGGAAACUCCAUAACGAGCCGCUGACAGAAUUACAGAGCAAUCGGAGUUUAUUUGACAGAAAUCAUCAACACAUGGACUGGUGUGUGUGUGUGUGUGUGUGUGUGUGUGUGUGUGUGUGUGUCAAAAAUCUCAAAGGUCCAAUACAAUACAGCAAUGAGGAAAUGUACAGCAGCUCAUACACACACACACACACACACACACACACACGAUAGAGAGAAGCCAAUGACUUUAACCUUACAGCCGGAGUUUCUACUGAAAUAAUUUAAAUGAAAGUUUAAUUCCAGUUUUACAUCUAAAUAAUUCCACUGAGGAACGCUCGCUGGAGCACAGAAAGAAAAAUGUUUUUUAAUUGUCACAUUAGUAGUAUAAGUUUCGUUUUGUUGUUGUUGUUGUUGUUGUUGUUUUAUGAACCUUUAUAAACUGGUAAUAAACAGUUUCCUUUUCAUUACUUUAAAAAGCAACACAAUUGUACAGACUGGGUGUCAUUAUUUAAUGGCAGAUAAAAAUUCAGUUUCCGUACAAAAGUAAAAAUAUUAUUGUUCAAACCUGAUAUUUUUUAUUCAUCACUUCACUGUGAUUCUAUUUGUUUGUGUUCUGAGGUGAGACCGACGCGGUACAGGUUAGCUCUAACGUUAGCUCUAAUGCUAGCGCUAACGUUAGCCCUGACUCUGUCGCCUCCUCCUGACGGGGUGGAGGGCGGCGUGCGCAGGGUCCUAAUGCCCGCCUCAUCACCUGAACGACCUGAGACCGAGUGUGAGCAGGUGCACGCUCUGAUUUCCCAUAAUUCCACAUGCGCUCACAUACACACGUUCCUCCACCUGCCAAACACACAGACACGCCCCCUGCAUCUCCUCAAGCAUCUUCAGGUCCAGACUCUCUUUUUUCUUUGUUUGUUUAUUUAUGUUUGUCAUUUUGGUUUUCUGAUUUUAGUUUUUAAAAUAUUAUUAAAAUCAGGGAGGUCGUGAACCGACAGACAGAAAUCUGGUCCAGAAGGAACAUCACUAAAUGUGGAGAUCACUAAAACGCUCACGUGUUUUGUUUUCUUUGACACACACUUUGAGGCUUGAGAUAUCUUUAUUGAUUGUUGCUUAUUGCCUGUUUGUGUUCUGUGUAAGUGUACAGUGUGAUCGCUCACACCGUGUGAGUUAACACACCACACACACUCAGUAAACUUUCUCACUGAUCAGUGUCACCAUGAAUCUGCUUUAAAUAAUAAUUCAUGUCAAGAAACUGAAGAUAAAAAUUGACCCAAAGUCAAAAUAUCUGUAUAAACACAAUAUGGUUUAUUUCUAUAAUUAUUCCACCUGAUUAUUCAGCAAAACCUUAACGUCUGAGUUUAACCUUCAGUCUCUCUCUCUGACUGGGAGAUACUGAACCCUUUAAAGUGGAGAAUUUAUUUUUACUUCUCGUUAUUCUCUGAACCUUCACCUUCACCUCGUCUUCUUCAUCGAGACAAUAAACGGAUGCCUUCUCCUUGGCAUGCUCCGCCCACUAAAUCAGCAACUUCCUGUCAAGAAAGCUCACUUCCUGUUCUCUUAUCUGUUAAGUAAAAUUGCACAUGGGAGCGUUUUCCUGUUUUUCAUUCCAAAUGGAGGAAAAAAAAAACUUCCCGAGGAGAUCAGGCUGCAGAUAUGUUCACCCGCUGCCGCUCUUCAGGUUGUGUUUCAUUAAAACGUGAAAUUGUGGGAUUAUUAUUCUGCUUAGAUUCACUGUAUCAGCAAAAAUCAAUAAAUGAUAAUAAGUG